GCCUGCGCCUUGCGGGCUGCGGCGCGGACGCUCGCCGCCGCCGGAGCGAUGGGCCGGGGGCGCCCGCGCAGCCUGUGACCUGGGGGCCGGGAUGCCGCGGCCCGAGCCCAUGCCCGGCUACGGGCAGCUGCUGCAGCGCGGCUACCGGAGCCUGGCGGGGGCGGUGCGGAGCUGCACGGACUGCGGCUGGGAGCUCUCCCGGCGGACCUGGGCCGAGAACGCGUCGCUCGCCUGGAGCGAGACCCUGCUCUGCCUGCUCUGUGCCAUCGGCUGGACCUUGCUGCGCAGGGCCGCCUCCGGCUGCCUCUUUCGGCCGUUUGGGGAGUGGUGUAACCUGCAGCCAAAGGAUGCUGCCAAGAUGCCCGAGAGCGCCUGGAAGCUGCUGUUCUACACGCUGUCCUGGUCAUACGGCACCUACCUGCUCUUCUUCACUGAGUACCCCUUCUUCCACGACCCGCCCUCCGUCUUUUAUGGUUGGGAGAAGGGUAUGGAUGUACCCACCGACAUUGGCAUCGCCUACUUGCUGCAGGGCAGCUUCUACGGGCACUCCAUCUAUGCCACCAUGUACAUGGACGCCUGGCGCAGGGACUCCAUAGUCAUGCUCAUCCACCACGUGGUGACACUGAUGCUCAUCGUCUUCUCCUACAUGUUCAGGUUCCACAACGUGGGGAUUCUCGUGCUCUUCCUGCACGACAUCAGCGACGUGCAGCUGGAGUUCACCAAGCUCAACGUCUACUUCAAGCACCGGGGCGGCAUCUAUCACCGGCUCAACGACGUCAUCUCCGACCUCGGCUGCCUCACCUUCAGCAUCAGCUGGUUCUGGUUCCGCCUCUACUGGUUCCCCCUCAAAGUCCUCUAUGCCACCUGCCACACCAGCCUGCAGUCUGUGCCCAACAUCCCCUUCUACUUCUUCUUCAACGCCCUGCUCUUCGCCCUCACCCUCAUGAACGUCUAUUGGUUCCUGUACAUUGUCCUGUUCGUGGCCAAAGUGCUGACGGGGCAGAUGCAGGAGGUGAACGAUGUGCGUGAGUACGACCUGGAGGAGAGCAAGAAAACCACAGGGUCCCAAAAAGCGGGCGAACUCCAGCUCCCCAAAUCCUGGAAAGAAAGGAAACACCUGAAGAACGGGCUGAUAAAGGACAAACAGUUAUAAGGGAACCGCUGUUGACUGGGCAGCUCUGGGGACUGACCUGGGACCCUCCACAAACCCAGUGAAGGAGAGAGCCCCAUGGAGAAGGAGUGCAAGACCCCAACCCCCCCAACCCCUGCCUGAGCUGGGGAGCAGCUGGCAGCCAACGGAAACAGUCCACUCCUCUCGGCUCGGCUCUGGCCAGGCUUCAGUUGAUCCUGACGUGGUUUCUGGAGCCAGUUUGCACUGGGCACCCUGCAGGCUGUUGGACGGGUCAGCUGAAAUGGAGGGGUGGUUUUCCUAGCAAGGUCUAAGUCAGAUAUGGAACUUGCUUUCGGUUACCUGGGACCCCCGAGCCACCCCCACCCCUUCGCCAUCCUCCCUCUCUGUGAUUUCCCCAGACGUGGCAAGUUGUGGGAUCCCAGGCAGCUCUUGUCUCUGGAGCACUAACUGACGCCGUGGAGCGGGUGAGGGGCUUGAAGCAGGGAGGCAAAUGCCCCUGCCCCUUUGGCACCAGUGUCCCAACUGUGGGGGCCCAGAGCCAGCUCUGCUGUAGCUUGCAAACAGGGAAUGGCGACGUACCGUUAGGGAGAAGUGUUGUGCAGCUUUGAGCCCUGUUGUAAGUGCAUCCAGGGGUUACUCCACAGAGCAACCCAAGCCCCUGCCUGGAACCCACCCGUGCCAGAGCCUCAAGGAUUCUCCCAGGAGGUGCAGUGGGCGGCAGCCUCUUGAGGCUGAUCAGACAGGCCUGCCGUUGGCCCUCGGGCCGCUGCUCCUUUAAGCCCUUAGGAGGCCAGUGCCUGGGAUCAGAGAGAUAAGGGACAGCUGCUCCCUCUAGGGUCUCCUGCCUUGAUGAAUCCUCUGGCCUGAGAAACCUCCUCUGGCUAAAACAAAGGACUCACUGAAGUCCUGCCUGACACUGCGAGUUCUGAGCUUUGCAUCCUGCAGGCUGGGCUGUGCGGCGUGCGUUUCCGCUCAGUGGGAAAGAAACCCUGUGGAAUUUUGCACACUUCCCUCCCCCUGGAUCUGGACUCAUCCCAUCGCAAUACUACGGCAGUGUCGGCCCUGUGCCCGCUGCCUGCUCCUCUCUGAGGGACCUAACUCCAAGCCAGGGGGAUAAUAGGGGAAUUGUAGCCAGCCUGCCAAGGGUUAAUCCAAACUGGCAGGGGGUGAGGGGUUGGUUGUUUUUCCUGGUCCCUUGCUUAGAUGCAAACCCCAGAUAUUGCUGCAUAAGCCACAAAGAGACUCUCUGGAAAGCAUCUGAGACUGGGAGGUAACGUGAAAACAUGACCCAGAAAUCCCCCAAUUCUGGCUGGGUCUGCCAGUCUCCCCCCAGCCAGCCGAACUAGACAGGACAGGAAAUUAAACAUCCCACCCACUGUGUGCUUUUG